AGAGAGAGAGAUAUGAGGGUCACAAUCGUAGUUGGUCUUGUGACAGUUUUUCUAGUUUUUUGUGGGUAUGUAGUUGAAGGAAGAGAUUUAUGGGAAGAAGAUUUGAUAUUGGAGACAGAAUUGAAAACCAUAAACAAGCCUGCUGUCAAGACCAUCGAGACUGAGUAUGGAGAGAUGUACGACUGUGUCGAUGUUUACAAGCAACCUUCUCUUGAUCAUCCUUUGCUCAAGGAUCAUGUUGUUCAGAUGAGGCCCAGUGCAGCUCUACAGAAGACCCUAAAAGCUUCAAGGAUGAGUUAUCUCUCUUCAGUAGAUCACAAGCCUAUCAAAAUUGGGUUGGAAGAUGGGUGCCCACUUGGGACCGUCCCCAUCAGAAGGACUACAAAGGGAGACCUCAUAAGAGCCAAGUCUAGCUUCACGAAACACCAUUUUAAUGACCUUGCAGUCGAUGCAGGAGGUGACGGUUAUGAAUAUGCGGGAAUUGUAACAAAAACCGGUUCAGGUAAGGUAUAUCAUGGGGCUGCAGCACGCCUGGGCGUAUACAACCCCAGGGCUCAAAAUGAGCAACUGAGUGCGGCUGUAAUUAUGGUCCUGGCCGGUCCCCUUGGUAAAAGGGGCGGCAUCCGAACUGGAUGGAUGGUCAAUCCAUUAUUGUAUGGCGACAGUCGCACAAGAUUCUUCACAUCAUGGACGCAAGAAAAUAACGGGAGUACAUCCGGUUGCUACGAUUUGACUUGCCCAGGAUUCAUACAAACAAGUAGGAUCAUACCUCUAGGCGCGCCCUUCAGUAAUUUCUCUCGAAUCGGCGGUGUCCAGUAUGAUGCAAGCAUGCUGAUUAGUAGGGAUCCAGGGAGCGGGGAUUGGUGGCUGAUGAUAAUGGAUGAGUUCAAGCCAAUUGGGUACUGGCCGAAGACUUUGUUCGAGGGUUUAAGCCGGCAUGCGGACGCAGCACUGUGGGCGGGUUUAGUGUAUAGCGGCUCAUCCGACUCCCCUCCGAUGGGCAGUGGGGUGUACCAAGGGGGCAGCUUUGAUCACACUUGUUACAUGGCACAAGUGAUUGUAGGAAAACCGGGACAGCCUGCCUUUAAUCGUCCUGAUGAUGAUGAGGUAGUAGUCCAACAAUCUCGAUGCUAUCAUGCUGGUGAUAAUUCCUAUGUGGAGGAUGCAUACUGGCUCUACCGUUUCUUGUUUGGAGGACCUGGUGGUAGUCUGGAAUCGUGCAAGUAACUAUGAGAUCAUUGGUGAACG